AUGCCAGUUGCAUAUAUCAAUAAAAUCGUCGCCCAGAAACGUAAUUUUUUGGCGGCGGCUUAUGCGGCGUUGUUGGAAACUGAGCGCACAUACGAUUCAACCAAUCCAAAACCUUAUAAGAAGUUGAACCAGCCUAGGAAAGUGGAUAACUUGGAUGGGCGGGAGAAGAUGGGGAAAAUGUGGACAAAGGUCACGGAUGAGUUAGAGUGGUCGAGGAACAAAGCUAGACAAGCAAAGCUAAAGAAGCAGACGGAGAACGACGCGAAAAUUGCUGCCGAGAUGAAUGAGAAAGAAUAUGAAGCAAACAAUAUGCUCAUGGAGUGUGCCUGUUGCUUUGGGGAUUACCCUUUUGACAGAAUGACGCACUGUAAUGAAUUGCACUUCUUCUGUCUGGACUGUGCCAGAAAAAAUGCCGAGAACGAGAUUGGGAAUGGUCGAUAUAAGCUAUUGUGUAUGGACGGUUCCGGUUGUAAGACCGAGUUUUCGAGGUCGGAGAUAUUACGGUUCCUCGACGAGAAGACGCUAGAGGCGUUGGCUAAGAUUGAGCAAGAAGACGCAUUGAGGAUUGCUGAGAUUGAUGGAUUUGUUUCCUGUCCAUUUUGCGAUUGGGGAGCAAUUUGUGCGCCAGCGGAGGUUGAUAAGGUGUUCACAUGUCAGAAAGAAGGAUGCGAGAAGAGCAGCUGUAGAUUGUGCAAGCAAAUCUCCCACAUACCGAAAACGUGUGAGGAGUUUGCAAAAGAAAAUAAGCUUUCUGUCAGACACACCGUUGAGGAGGCAAUGACCGAGGCGAUGGUCAGAAAGUGCAACAAAUGCUCGUAUCCAUACAUCAAAGAGUACGGCUGCAAUAAAAUCCAUUGCAACCGCUGCAACACUUUACAGUGCUACAUCUGCUCUGAGACCAUCAAAAACUACGAUCAUUUCAACGAUCCGGCUCGUGGUGGAAAGCCUGGCAACUGUCCUCUUUUUGACAACACCGACCAGCGUCACGAGCAAGAAAUCCAAGCAGCUGCCAAAAAAGCGGUCGAAAAACUCAAAGAAACCGAUCCUGACCUCAAUGAAGAAGAUCUCCAGAUACAAGUCUCGGAUUCCGUAAAGAAGGCCGAACAAGCUCGGGUUGCCCAGUUCCAGGCCGCAAAUCCGGGUGUUGUAUACCGGCAACCUGCGCAGCCUGCACGACCUGCACAAGCAGCCGGCGUCGCUGCCUAUGUUCCAGAUGUAGCACAUCGCCGAGGCCCACUGGCUCAACGAAUUCGAGAACAUAUGCGUAACGGACUUGGUGCAGCGGCACACCAGGCUCAACAGGUACUUUUGGCCCAGCAACAGGCGUUACAAGCCCAGCAGCAGCAGCAAGCCCAUCAAGCCCAGCAGCAACAGGUACUACAGGUCCAGCAACAACAGGCACUACAAGCCCAGCAGCAACAGGCACUACAAGUCCAGCAGCAACAAGCAUUACAAGCCCAACAGGGACCUCAAGCUCAGCAAUUACUAGUACAGCGAGCCCAGCAUGCCCAGCUAGCGGCACGUGCUGCGGCCGGGGCUAAUCCGCCUGCGAACCAGAAUCCCAUGGCUUAUUACGACCCUUACAUCUACGGCCAGGCACAGCCGCAAGCGCAAUAUCGCGGGUUUCCGAAACCAGAUCUUCUACAACAGCAACAAGCGCAGCAACAAGCGCAGCAACAAGCGCAGCAGCAGCAAGCGCAGCAACAAGCGCAGGAACGAGCGCAGCAAUUAGAAGCACAACAACAACAAGCCCAGUACCGCGGUGUACUUCAUCGACGACCUCAGGCCCCGAAUCCGGCCGCGGCGGCCCUAAUAGGGAUUGGUGGAAGGUUGAAUCGGGUUGACCAAUAUAUGCAGUAUGCGAUUAAUGCGCCACAGGCAGUUAAUGGGCAGGCAGUUAAUGGGCGGGGUGUACGGCCGCCGAGGAGAUGA